AUGACCUACGACGCAUCAAAAGCUACUUCAUACUUGAAAGACUACACCAAGAAAGAUGGUUUGUCAAUCAAAGAGUUGAUUGACUCUACUAAUUUCGGUGGGUUGACUUACAACGACUUUUUGAUCUUGCCUGGUUUGAUUACAUUUCCAAGCACCAACGUAAACUUGGAAAGUAAGUUGACCAAGAAGAUCACCUUGAAGACUCCAUUUGUUUCAAGUCCUAUGGAUACUGUUACCGAGGAGAACAUGGCCAUUCACAUGGCAUUGUUGGGUGGUAUUGGUAUUAUUCACCACAACUGUACCGCUGACGAACAAGCCGAAAUGGUUAAAAAGGUCAAGAAAUACGAGAAUGGUUUCAUCAACGAUCCAGUCGUUAUUUCACCAGAUGUCACUGUUGGGGACGUUAAAAAAAUGAAGGAGGUCAUGGGAUUCACCUCCUUCCCAGUAACUGACAAUGGUAAAAAUGGAGGAAAAUUGCUUGGUAUCGUCACUUCACGUGAUGUUCAAUUCCACGAAAAUAACAGAGACCCUGUAUCACAAGUUAUGACUACCGACUUGAUCACCGGUAAGGAAGGCAUCUCAUUAACUGAGGGUAACGAAAUCUUGAGAAAGUCUAAAAAGGGAAAGUUGCCAAUUAUUGAUUCAAAGGAUAAUUUGGUUUCAUUAAUCUCAUUGACUGAUUUGCAAAAGAACCACGAUUUUCCAAAUGCUUCAAAAUCAUAUCACUCCAAGCAAUUGUUAUGUGGUGCUGCUAUUGGAACCAUGGACGCUGACAAAGAAAGGUUGAAUAAGUUGGUUGAAGCUGGUUUGGAUGUUGUUGUCAUUGACUCUUCAAACGGUUCAUCAACUUUCCAGAUCAACAUGCUUAAAUGGAUUAAAGAGAAAUAUCCUGAACUUCAAGUCGUUGCUGGAAAUGUUGUUACUAGAGAACAAGCUGCUUUGUUGAUUGAAGCUGGUGCCGAUGCGUUGAGAAUUGGUAUGGGUUCAGGUUCAAUCUGUAUUACUCAAGAAGUGAUGGCAUGUGGUAGACCCCAAGGUACAGCCGUUUAUGGAGUAACAGAAUUUGCCAACAAGUUUGGUGUUCCAUGUAUUGCCGAUGGUGGUAUUGGAAACAUUGGUCACAUUUCAAAGGCUUUGGCUUUGGGUGCGUCAUGUAUUAUGAUGGGUGGUUUGUUAGCUGGUACUGCAGAAACUCCAGGUGAUUACUUCUACAGGGAUGGCCAAAGAUUGAAGGCUUACAGAGGUAUGGGAUCAAUUGAUGCUAUGCAACAAACCAGCACAAAUGCCAAUGCAUCCACAUCAAGAUACUUUUCCGAAACCGACAAAGUCUUUGUUGCCCAAGGUGUUAGUGGAUCAGUUAUUGAUAAGGGUUCUAUUACCAAGUUUGUGCCUUACUUGUACAAUGGUUUGCAACACUCUUUACAAGAUAUUGGUAUCCAAUCCGUCACAGAAUUAAGAGAAAAGGUUGAUAGCGGAUCAGUCAGAUUUGAGUUCAGAACCGCUUCUGCUCAAUUCGAGGGUGGUGUUCACGGCUUACACUCAAAAGCCAUUUUGAAAAUAUUUUUAUCUCUCGAGUUUUUUCAUCAACAACAAAAAUACUCCUUACUAUCGCCCAAUCACUCGAUGAACACUACUCUUGAUGAAGAUCUCACCAACAGCAGAUUGGUUAGAUACAACGAUAUCCAACCUGAUGUUAUGAGGUACUUGUACAAUGUGAUAUCGCCCCAUUAUCCCAACCUCUUUCCCAAAUAUUCAACAAAGACACAUUCCUUCGAUACUUUAAACAUCAUAGAUCUACUACACGAUGGCGAGAUAUUAUGUCGUUUGGGACAGUUGGUGAAACUACCUUCGGAGACCAAAAACCCUACUGCCAGGUUUAAAUCAUCACAAAUGGCAUUUAUUCAGAUGGAGAAUAUAUCGUGGUUUUUACAAUUGUGUGAAUUGUUGAACUUACCUCAUGAUGAAAUUUUCCAGACUGUUGACUUGUAUGAGGGCAAAGACCCGUAUCAAGUCUGUAUCACUUUGAUGUCGUUUUCUCGUAUUGUCAACAAUUUAGAUCCCGAGAUCUUUGGCGAAGUUAUCGGUCCAAAGAAGGUUAAGGUCAAGCCGGUAGUGCCUAAUAAACCAAGGAGCUUAAGGGAAUAG